GAACCCAGCCCGAACCCGCCCGAUUGACACCUAUGCUCGCAAGUAAGGCAAGUUAAUACACCUUAACGCGUUAUAUUACUCCUUCCAUUCUUACAGAAUACAAGAAGCAAAGGGCGCGAAUGUUGGGUCUAGUAUUAACCCGCCUAAUACUGGCCCAAGCCCGCCACAAAGCGUCACACCUUGGGCCCAAGCCCAUUCUAGGGUCCAGUACACCGGGAGGCGUCCAUUACCCGAAGGCGUCUAUCGACGGGAGGCGUCCAGUCUACCGGGGGCGUCCAUUACAACGGAAGGCGUCCACUGGAUGCCUCCGACUCCUAUAUAAGGAGGCUAGACCCUCCAAGCAAAGGGACCUCUCUCCCUUCCCACACUUACCACUUAUGGUUCUCUCUCUAAACCCUUUCUCUCUCUACAUUCAUCUAUCAUUAUCUUAUAUCCUAUUCUAACUUGGGCGUCAGAGUGUAGAUCCCGGGGGGCCGCCCCUGACUCUCCACAGGAUUCUUCCACUCACGAGGAGAUUCCUCAGGAGUCCGGAUCAAGGUUUCACACAAAUCCCCCGGUACUAAUCCGGGUCAAACACUACCUAUUGAACCAUUUCACUUACUAAAUCAUUAUGGUAUGAACCGGGUAUGAAAACCUUAAUUAAAACACAUUACUCGUUAUUACGAUAGCGUUUCUCCAUUAACAAGUCGUUGCUUUUUUUUCCCCCUAGCUAGCUAGUUCCGUUAGUCAGUCUUCAUCUCUAGGACGAACCCAGCACGCCACAGUUCCCCUAACCCCACGUUGCAACUUUGCUUGCUGCUGCUGGGCUGCCUCAUCCUCGCCCUCGCCCUCGCCCAGCUCACCAAUAUUGCAGAAACGAAUCCCUUCCCUUCCCACUAUGCCCGCUCUCUUUUUCGAAUUUAGCUUCUACUUACUGUCACCAUUAAUCAAUCCCCUCCCUUCACCGCCCUUCAUCAUUCAUUUCAUUCCCCCACCACCACCAAUCUCAAUUAUCACCUUCCCUGAUAUACAGUCGCAAAAUCAAGAAAGACAAAACCAUAUAUCCCUAGAAAAAUACGCUCCCCAAUUCCCCCCUUUCUCUCUGUGUCUCUUCCCUAUUGCUUGUUGUAUACCGCCGGCGGACGCAGCCUCCCCUCGCUUUCCUCUCUCAAUUCAGCCCAAUUGAGAGUCACCGGAGCAAGCUCUCACGUGGGUUUCUCUCAAACUUCGCUUUGCCGUCUCCUCGGGGGAGAAAAAGAAAUGGACCGGCAAUCCUCCGUUGACUCGUACAGCAGCGGCGGCGGAAGCUAUCAUAACCACCACCACAGCAGAGAUCAGUACCUGAAGAAUCUCAACAAGCAAUCGCAGAAGAUCUCCAAACCCAGUAUCCCGUCUAACCCUAGAAAGGUCUCUCCUUCCCCCUUUGACCACCACCACCACCACCAGCAAUCCAAUCCCCCUAAUCCUAAUCCUAAUCCUCCGCCGACACAGAACCAGCCCCAUGUCUACAACAUCAACAAGAACGAUUUCCGCGACGUCGUUCAGCGCCUCACCGGAUCCCCUGCCCACCACGACCGCUUUUCUCCCCCCAAUCCUCCCCCUCCCGCAUCCAAGCCGCCGUCACAGGUCUCUCGAUUGCAGCGGAUCCGCCCUCCUCCGCUUGCCGGCCUUGCCCCCAGCCGCCCGCCGAUUCAGCACCACCGCCCCAUGGCCCCGCAGCAGCAGCAGCACUACUUGCCUCCUCCGGGACCGCCGCCACCCAACAGCUUCUUCCCGCGCCCUCCGCCGGGUCCUUUAUCUCCGGUACCCCAAUUCCCAGGCCCUCCAGUGGCGGAGUCCCCCGUUUCAGCUUACAUGAGAUAUCUCCAGGACUCGAUGGAUCCCAACAAACAGCACUUUACCGGCUUCUCCCCUCUCGCACCUUUGGUUUCCCCUCGAUGGAACAAUCUGCAACAACAAGAUCAACUGCAUUUUGGACCACCGCCACCACCCCAGCAGCAGCACCACCACCAGGGGCUACUUCCGUCGCCGCCAAAUGCGGCUGCUGCUGGUGGGGCAGCGAUGAUGGCUCCGCCGCAGCCAUCCCCUUUCCAGCAGUUCCCGCAGUCUCCUCUGUCGUUUGGGUUCUUAAAUUCUCCGCGCUCUCCUUAUCCUCUCUUUUCUCCUGGCACGUUUCUUUCUCCUUCGGCUUUCCCUCUUUCCCCGACCAUGCCAGUGCAUAGCCCAAGAUGGUUGCUUUCCCCCAACCCUUUCCCUCUCUCCCCCACCAUGCCCUUUCCAAGUCCUAGAUGGAGAGGAAUGUGACCUUGUUACUAUCCAGGUAAUUCUGAAUUCUCAUCAAUCUUCUUUUAUCAGACUUACUAGAGAAUUAGGGUUUCAUGUAUAUGUAUAUAUAUGAAUGGAGAUUCAUUUGAUUGCCAGUGGUUCAUUCUGGACCAAAAGUGUCUGGCUCUGGCCAUGUAAUAGAGAGAAAAUUUUUCCUUGGUUGUAAAAAUUGAUAGUCAAAUGACAAUUUCCAAAUAGGUAAAGAUGCCUUAGACUUGGCCUUUCGUGUUCCUUUGUGUUGUUACGUAUUUCUUGUGCUUGUAUUUGCUACUUCGUAUAGACAAUUCCGUUAAGAGUAAUUGAAAUAACAGGUGGAUUGCUUCAUUCAUUUCUGGUAUUGGAGAUUCAUUUCAAGCCUUUCUCUGGCUAUUGGGUUGUUUUUUCUUUGCUAAAGAGGCUUUGUUUGCUGAUAAUGCUAGAUGUGAAUCUUCCUGUACCAAGUUCAUGUAAGUGCUAAUGAAAUUGAAAGGCCCUUCUCUUGUUUUCCCAGUUGAGUAAUGCAUAGGUUUUCUAGUAUGUAGGUUCCUUUAGUUUUCAUCUCUGCUGCCAGUUUUAUUGCUAUUUGUGCUGAGGUUGUUAUUGGUAGGGUUGGGAAAAUAGACUAGACCGUUACAAAAACCGUGGUCCAAACCGUACCACACAGUUUGGUCCGGACCGUAGAUCGUUAAGUAUGGUCUGGUCUGGUCCAUGGUCUGUAUUAUUUUAUGUUUUGAUCUCUUGGUCUGGUCUGGUCUAGACCGCGGUUUACCGGACCAAACAGUGGACCCAACCGACAUGUCAAUAAGAGUUAACAUCCGAUUCGACCACUCUCCCAACUCCCACAACGACACCCAAGUCUCAACCUUAAUUUGUGAAUCGUCCCUCCUUCAUUCACAACCACAUUUAACCAGAGAGUAGAGCUAAUCGUGUCUCCAUAUGACAUUAUGUUAAUGUUUAUGACGUUAUGGUGCAAGUUGGGAUGCUUUUACUUUGUAUCUUUGUUAUGACCUAAGAUUUAGGGUAUCAAAAUUAUUCAUGCAUGUUAGGAUUAAUGUUUUAAUUUUCUGCAAAGAUUUGGUAAUCUUGCACUACUUUACUUAAAGUGUUAAGCUCUUUGGACUGCUGUAUUUUGAGCUUUACUAAUUGCUUUAUAAUGGAUUGAGAAGAAGUUUCUGCUGUUCGUAUUUCUGCCAUGUGAUCGUUCUCCUUUGGUUGAUUGUCGACAUAAAUCCAUAUUCUCGGUGAAUAUCGUGAUAUGCUGGGGAAAAUUAUGAGUAUUUUUAUUCUAGUUUCCAAGUGCUUUGCUUAUGCCCUUCUUGCACAUUCAUGCAAGCUUGUACGUAUUCUUUUUCGCCAAAGCCCAAUAAGGAACCCGAAUAAAAGAAGGUUCAUAUUCUUCUUAGAAAUAUUCAUCUUAGAAACUCACAAGCUGGGUUGGAGAGUAGAGGCAUUUGUUUAUUACCUAGAUAGAGUGUACAGUGAGAGACUAUUGGAGUAAUUUUCCAGGGAUUUCUGAGAAGAGAGGAAGAUAAGAAACUUAAGUCCGGUUGAGGGAUGUAAGUGGUGAUGGAGAUGCCUGUGAGAGUUACCAAACUGCCAUUUUCACCAAGUAACAAGUUUGGCCAUUUGUUCACCUUACAACAGACUUUUUCUUAACAAGUUUUGGAGGUAGGAUUGAACGGUCGUUUCUUUCUUUCUUCUUUUUACAGAAUUGAACUGUAAUUAGGAUAUGUGUGGUAACCAAUGCAGUUAAAAGCGUGAUUCUACCUAGAAGCGGAAAAGGGAUAAAAUCGUAAAGCGUAGUAUCAAAGCGUAAAAACGUAAUUUUUUACGCAUGCUGAAAAAUAACUAAAAAUUUAUUAAGUAGGACAUAUGCUAUGCAAAAUAUGAAUGCAUAGAAUUUAGAUAAGUUAAUAAAUACAUGCGAUUCGUGCCUAAGUAGAACAACUUAUAGCAUCUUAAUAAUAAGUUUGUAAACAU